AAGUUGGAGUUUGGUUUUUUUAAGGUUUUUGUUUUCGUUUCGCGCUAAGCUGAUCGCGAAAGCUCUCUCUCGCGGGCGCGGAAGCGGUUCUCGAUCGGAAGCUGCGAGUGUGCGAGAGAUUUGACCAAGUUUGUUUGCGAUCCCGCGAAAGAAAGUCGCACGCGUGCGCACCCCAAUCGGUUUCGAGUGAUCCGGUUUUCCGGGUUCCAGUUUGCUUGUUCUGUUGCUGUUGCUUUUCGGCGAAGAAAAAGUGAUGAUUGAAAGCAUUUGCUAGUAGUAACGCCAACCCAAAAGUGAUCAAUUUGGAAGUGAAAAUUGCCCAAAAAUUGUGCUCAUCCGAGGAGGCUGUUCAAAAAUUUUGUGUUGCAGAAAAAAAAAUUAAAAAGUGAAAGGCCCAAGCUGCAACUUUGUUGCAUACAGCAGUUUUUGUGCAAUCCUCCAAAAGUGCGAAAAAGUUUUCAUGUGAAUGUGAGUGUAUCCAAUUAGCCCACAACAGGGGCCAACGAGAGAGAGAAAAAAAUUCAAUAAAAAAUACAAAAAUUGCAGCCUCCGCCAGAAGCAACCCAGAAAAAAGCGGAGGAAAAAAGUGAUUGCGCCCGAAAAUAUGUGUGAAAUCAAAAAUUGAAGAUUGUCGUCGUCGUUCCCAAAAAAAAAACAACAACCCUGUCUUGCGGCUACGGAGGCCCCAUAAAAAGUCACUGCCGAAUUGAAUUAUCGACGAAAUUUAUCACCUGGCUGGAGGAGGAAUCGGAAAGCCGUUGUUGGUCCACUAUUUUGGCUGGGCAGAUUACGUACGUUCGUGUGGAUUUUUUUUCUUCUUCGUCUCCCAGCAUCCCCAAACUCCUGAAGAAAGUGUGGUGUAAACCGCUUUGAACGACACACUGCAGAUAAUGUUUUGUUUGCCUGUUAGAUAAUGUCUUCGCCAAACAUCCGACGAUACUGAAUCCGCUGCUCUGGACAUCAUCAUGAAUUGUACGGCACUGAAUAGUAAUCAGAUCGAAACGACUCCGAACAACCAUCCCAGGUUGGGGAUUCCGACCGUUUCCGUUUCCGUUCCGACGGGUCCGGCAGGUGUAGCCGCUGGAUCAAACCAAAAGACAUCCUCCUCGGGUAGUGCGGCCAAAAGUGGGUCAGCGCUGUUCUUCCAUCGGACCAACAAUCUCCGGAUCGAAGCCGAGCGAGCGGCAGCAGCAGCAGCAGCAGUCAAUAAUGUUUCCUCCGGUUCCGGAAUUGAACCGAUGUCACCUGCUGAGCUCAACAAUUGCCGCCGAUUGCAGGAGAAACCUCCGCUGGUCAAACGACUCACCAUGAGCAUCCUCCGAACGGCCGAGGACAGCCGCCCCCUGGUACACAGUUCGUCCCCCAGCAGCUCAUCCUCCUCUUCGCAAACCAUUUCGGAUGGUUACGUCAACGAGGGUAUCUGCGCCGAAACGGCCGUCGAAGCCAACGUUGUGUACAACAAAUUCGGCGAUUCCUGCCAACGAUCUCUAACGGCAGCUUCUUCCGUUGGAAAACCUCCAACUACGACAGUCGGCUGUCCGCCAAGUUCCGUGGAAGGAUCUCCCCGGUACAAUCACAGCAUGGUGGUGUACCAGCAGCAGGGUGGGUCGAUAUCAUCCUACCCUAUGCUACGGAACGACUGCCUCAGCCUCAAAGAACAGCACGACCUGCAAGGGGCUCCCUGGUUUCAGGCCGGCAUCCCGCGGGAGAUUUCACUGGAAGUCCUCUCCCGGCAGACGCCUGGGGCCUUCCUGGUGCGCCAGAGCACCACCAAACCAGGCUGUUUCGCUCUGUCCCUCAGAGUUCCACCACCGGCACCAAAAGUAGCGCAUUACCUAAUCUUAAGGACAAUACGAGGGUACAAAAUCAAAGGUUUCACCAAGGAGUUCACAUCGCUAAGGGCACUGAUAACGCAUCAUUCGGUGAUGCCUGAGUUGCUUCCGGUUCCGUUGGCACUUCCUCGGCCACCGCAAAUGCAGGGCCACCGGCAGGAGGAUCCGGAAAUGUAUGGCUCCCUAAAUGAGUUUCAGAAAAUUAUGGCCGAAUAAUAAUGUACCACCACUUUUGUAAAUGUCGUUUUUCAAAAGAGAGCUAGGUAGUUCUGCCUUAACAUAGAAAAUGUAAACAUCAUAAAAAAUUAUUGUUAAAGCACGUUAAAGCGUUUAUAAUGUAAGACGAAACUGCGAUAGAUCGAUGAAACAAUAAUGUGUUCGACUAGUCAUGUAACCGAAUCGAUUGAGACGAGUAUUAAGUGCGUGUUAGAAAAAAUAAAACUGUUUAGAUAAUUUUUUUUUCAGAUGGCUCGAUUUGGUAGAAUUCUUUUACUGAAGCCCUAAUACGUCUUUGAGAUUUUAAGACUCAGAAAAUAGAUUUCAAAUUGUAAUAGCAGAGGUCCCUAGAAAACAUAUUUUCAACGUUUACAUCUUCAGUUUCCCUUAAUUAAAAUUGGAUAGAAAUCGAUCCAUCUGGCUUAAAACUGACUAAAAUAUAAUAAACCGAAAAUUUGACUUAUACUUAUACAAAUAUGUA